AUGGGGCGGGGGGCGCUGCUUUUGGGCGUCGCCUACGCGGGGUUGGUGUUUUUGGGGGUCCUGGGGCUGUGGGCGAUCGAGGGGACCCCCGCGACCCCCGGGACCCCCGACGGCGGCGAGUGGGACGUGCCCAGCACCCUCCUGUUCAUCGUCACCCUGCUGACCACCGUGGGCUACGGCUCGGUGACGCCGCUCUCCGCCGCCGGCAAAGCCUUCUGCGCCGCCUACGCCGCCGUGGGGGUCCCGGCCACCAUGUUCCUUCUGGCGGCCACCGCUCGCCGCCUGGCCGGUCCGCUGGCCCAGCGGCCCCGUGGCUACCUGCAGGCGCGGUGGGGCUACAGCCGGCGCGGCGCCGCCCGUGCCCACCUGCUGGGCCUCCUGGCCGUCACCCUGGUGGUCCUGGUGCUCCUCCCGGCCACCGCCUUCUACCUGCUGGAGGCCACCUGGAGCUACCUGGACGCCGUCUAUUUCUGCGUCAUCUCGCUCUGCACCGUCGGCUUCGGUGACCUGGUGCCGGCCCGGCAGGCGCGGCAGCCACUGAGGCAGCUCUACCAAGUGGCGGUGGCCGCGUACCUGCUGCUGGGGGUCACGGGCGUCCUGCUGCUGGCCCAGACCUUCCGCCACGUGGCCGAGCUCCACGGCGUCCCCGGCGCGGCGCCGGCGCCGGACGGCGACGCCGACGGCGAGGAAGGGGCCGGCUUGCUGGAGGGGACGAGGGAGGGGGCCAAAGCAGCCGGGGGGGGGCGCGUCAGCGGGUAG